AUCCCUGUCCUCUUUAAAAGCUCUCAAAUCCAUCAUAAGAUCAAGAAAGACUGAAGGGGUGAAGAAGCAUGAGUUCUAAGGAACGAAAGAAAGCAGCUCUGUAUGAGAAAUUGCUGCAACUUCGUGCUGCCACUAAUUCCAGUGCUAUGAACAAAACUUCAAUUAUUGUUGAUGCAUCCAAGUAUAUCGAGGAGUUGAAGCGCAAAGUGGACGCAAUGAGCCAAGGCGUUGGAACUUCCCAGAAUUCAAUUACCCAAAAUUCAUUACCCGCGCAGGUUACAGUUGAAACCCUAGAAAAGGGUUUCCAAAUUCAUGUGUUGUCGGAAAAGAAUUGCCCGGGUUUGCUGGUCUCCAUUCUCGAAGCCUUUGAGGAGCUCGGCCUCGAUGUGCUGGAUGCUAGGGUUUCUUGUUCAGACACUUUCCAACUAGAAGCUGUUGGAGAAGCGGCGGAUAGCAUAGAUGCUCAGGCGGUGAAAGAAGCAGUCUUGCAAGCUAUUCAAACUUGGAGCACAAGCAGUGAGCAAGAUUAAUGACCUAUAUAUCAUACGUAUUGUACCUUUUGCUGUCCUUUCUACCCCUUUGUUUCUCUGUCCUAUCCCCUAGCUAUAUUCCCCUCUUCCACUGGGGCCAAUGAACUGUUCAUUUAAUCAUAUAGUUACAAAUAAUAGCUUAAUUAUAUUAUUA